CCGUCUCCUGUCUCCCGUCUACCGUUGCCCAAUGGCUCACUGCGGCUCCUCCGAGCCAAGCGCAAAGGCACAGGCACUGCGUCCGGAAAGCAUCAUGUCGUCGCACGGUAACGUAGACCAGAGCAUGAAGCCGGUGCUGUUCGAGAUAUUCGGCGAAAUAUGGACCGUCCAGUCGCGGCUCGGCCAGGGAGUCUCGGCCUCGGUGUACCGGGUCAGCUCAGGCAGGGCCACCACCGCCGCUGUCAAGGAGUUUCAGGCCGACACUCAGGGAGGAGAUUACGGGUAUCACAAGGAGAGGUCCGUGCUGGAGGACAUCCAGGGACAUAAAAACAUCGUGACACUGUACGGGGUGUUCACCAACCACAGCUGUAUGGGUGUUUCCACCCACUGUCUUCUGCUGGAGCUGUUGGAUGUCAGUGUGUCUGAGCUGUUGGUGAGAGGCAGCGGUGGUACCCAGGUUGGUAGACCCCAGCAGGGCCACUCCAUGUGGCUUGUUCAGCACUGUGCCAGAGAUAUCCUGGAAGCUCUCGCCUUCCUUCACAAGGAAGGCUAUGUCCAUGCCGACCUCAAGCCACGCAACAUCCUCUGGAGCGCUGAUGAUGAGUGCUUCAAGCUCAUCGACUUCGGCCUCAGUUUCAAAGAGGGAAACCAGGAUGUCAAGUACAUCCAGACAGAUGGGUAUCGAGCUCCGGAAGCUGAGCUUCAGAACAGCCUCGCUCAGGCCGGGGUGGAGGUGGAGGGAGACUUGGGCUGCACGGCCGCUGUGGACCUGUGGAGCCUGGGCAUUAUCCUGUUAGAGAUGUUCUCAGGAAUCAAACUCAAAGACACCGUCCGCUCGCAGGAGUGGAAGGAUAACAGUUCUGCCAUUGUUGACCAUAUCUUUGCCAGCAACAGUCUGGUGUGCCCUGCCAUCCCCGUCUAUCACCUCAGAGACCUUAUCAAAAGCAUGCUUCUCAAUGACCCAAAGCAAAGAUGCACAGCUGAAACUGCCCUGCUGAGCCCAUUCUUCAGUAUUCCCUUCGCUCCUCACAUCGAGGACCUGGUUCUGCUGCCCUCUCCUGUCCUGCGUCUGCUCAACCUGAUUGACGACAGUCAUCUGCACAAUGAAGAAGAGUAUGAAGAUAUCCUGGAGGACAUGAAAGAGGAGUGCCAGAAGUAUGGCUCAGUGGUUUCUCUGCUCAUCCCCAAGGAGAACCCAGGGAAAGGACAGGUAUUUGUAGAGUAUGCCAACUCCAGUGACUCCAAAGAGGCUCAGAGGUUGCUGACAGGCCGCACCUUCGAUGGGAAAUUUGUCGUGGCAACUUUCUACCCUCUCAGCGCUUAUAAAAGAGGUUACUUGUAUCAAACUGUGCAGUGAAGUCUUGAAGCUCAAUUUACACCUCUGCAUUAAUCGCAUGAAAUAACUAAACUGCAUAGGGCACCAUGAAGGAGAAGUCAUUCUCCCUAUAGAAAUAACUAGACCACACAGAGUUAUGAGUGGCCGCAAUGCUGUUCAAACUGAUUCAGUUAUUUAAUGAGUAUAGUUUAAAGCUUUGCAUGUUAGCCAUGUGGUUUUCUACCGUAAAUCUGUGUUUCAUGCAGAGUGUAAAUUGAACUCAGUUGUCAGGAGCGUACAGCGACACUUAAUUUCUGCUGCCUCCAGCCUGUGUUCUACUCUUAUCAGUACGCAUCCAUCUAGUGCUUCAAGGUGAACUGUAUCCCUUUCAGUUACUGACUCUGGGCCAGAGGCCUGUGGUCUGGGGAAAGCAGUUCCUGUUCUAGCUUCCAUUUCACUCUUAUUCAUUCACACUUCAUUCAUAGAAAUGACCAGAGAGGAUGUGUGAUUGUGACAAGAACAGUCUGUGAUCAGGGUUGCCAGAGUGAAAUCCUUUAUCAAAUGACAGUGUAAGAUUUGAGUUUCUGUGUUCUACAAUUUAUCUAGAUAAAAUUUAGUCAAAUACUUCAUCGCAUCAGUUGAGUCAGGGAUGUGAUUAGAAACAUGUAGCAGGUUUAGGCUGAUCUUCCAGUACUAAUGAACGGGAGUUUAUGUCUCAAAGCUAAAAAUCCUGAUGGGGGGAAAAAAAAACCCUGUCAACUAAAGGUGUCCUGUGGUGUUAAAUUAAUAUUAAUAAUGUUAUCGUUGCUUAUUUGUAUUUGUUAUGUUGAACAUUGAGAGGAAAUGGCUUGGUACAAGGGGCUAUACAGGUAGCCUUUGUUGGCUCCGCAGGCAGUUUUCAGGUAGAAAUAGUUUGGAGUGACCCCCUCCACCAGCAGGUAGUUUUCACUCAUUCUCUGCCAUUAUCUGAGCAAGCCAAGGGCUCCAUGUGCCUGGUCCUCUAGCCUUAUGCUUUGUAGCUUUUUAGUUACAAAAGUCUCCAUACUCAGAGAAUAUUUUUAGCAUCAGUUCACUAUGCUCCCCGUUAAGAGGAAAUACACUGAGUUUUGUGUUUUUGACUGCAACACUGAAAGGGCAUAUGAACAAGUUUUUGAGAACGUGCUAAAAAUAAUCAGAGAUUCAUCUGGUUUAUAUAAUGUUAAUCCAAAUCCUUUCCCAGUUGGAAAAUGAGUCUUUGAACAAAAACAGCAGUAGUUCCAUCUUUGGUAUAAAUGUCUUCUAACUAAAGGCCAAGUACACUUUCAUUUAUCUCAUAGAAUACUGUAAUUUCAAUACCAGUCUGGAGCCGAAGCCAAAUAGAAAAUGCACAUAUACAGUCAACUGUUGCACUGUCAUGUAAGGGGUAGUUAAAUGCCACUGUGUGUAGAUUUUUUUUUUUUGGUAGCAUCUUUCAAAUUACUCUAAUGACAUUAGUACUAUUUGUUCAUUGGUGCGGUCUGUGUGUUUCUGUUGCCAGAAUUUCCAGAUACUACACAUAGUGGCUUCAAGGAUUUUGCAGUACUGAUGCAAAUUGAAGACAGAGUCUGUAGUGGCUGCUCUAUACAGAUAAAAUGUAAUGUUAUACAAUCUUCCAGUGCUUCACCUGAUACUGUUAGUAUCUCACUUAGUUUGAGCAUGAAUCAGAGUUUUGAUAAAUAGACUGCAAGACCAAAAUUGCAACAAUACUGUCCUGCGGGAAUAUGUUUCAUCAAGGCGUCUGUGUUUGGAGUACCCAAAAUACAGGACAGAGAAUUGUUUCAUACUUCUGUAUUGUAUGAAUCAAUAAUGUGACAGAAAUGUCAUAAAAUAUGCAGUCUUGAAGUGAAAUGUUUUUUGGAGCCGAGACAAUUACAUCAUUUUGUUGUUUUUGUUAUGUUGGUGAUAUCAGGGCACUGAGACAGUUUUACUAAUGGAGUCCAGAAAUAGGCAUGAUUAUGUUGGAUAGCAGUGACAGUCACCAAGCCUAGGGUUUUUUCAGUGGAAUGUACUUUUUGUUGUGGAGGCCAGAAAGUCUUUUGUGCUCUUGAUUCUCUUGGUUCCACUGAGUCCACAGUGACAGCGGUGUACACGCAGUGCACAUCAAGCACACGCUUCUGUCGCACUGAAGCAUCGGAUGAUUUCUACACAAGUGCCCAAUGUUAUUCACAAGCUAGCUAGCUAACUAACCAAAAUGCUACCAUAACAACAGGCUGUGCUACGCCUGUGUGCGUCGAUUGCUUCCGUAGCUGAAACCGUUGCAGAUGCCUUAGAAAAUAAUUCCCUUCCAGCAGAUGCAGUGCUGCCCACUAACAAAACCGGCUUAUUACGGACAAUGAACAUGGAGCUCUCUUUAGCUUCUCCUUGCUCAUUUCUCACUGUAUUCUUGUUAAAGCCAGACUAUGUAACUUUUACUGAACAGCAGCUACUCCAGCUAAAAAUUGACGGUAUUAUGCUAAUGCUGGUAUUAGAUAAAUGCUACACUAAGCUACCGUUAGCUUUCAGCUGUACAGUUUACUAUUUAGCUAAAAUGCUAAGUAAUUGGAACACUCCCAAGUGGAGACGAGUCGUGUAGUCAGCAAACUGACUCAGUAAUGUGUAUUAUAGAGCCAUAUUUACUUUAAGUUUGCUCAGAUUAACCAUAAACCACAUAAGUAAGGCUGUGGCAGCAAAAAACCCCUUUGUGUACUGAAUUGAGCAAGGGUGUGUAUUAUUGCUUAUGAAUUCAAUGUUUCAAUUGCAAGAGGAAGAAAGUUUCUGAAAGUUACAUAGUCUUGCUUUAAAGUUUGGAGUGUCAAGAACUGCAACUGGAUCACUAAUUGUAAAGCACAAAUAUAGAGCCCUGCUCCAUCUGAAUGGGUUUUGUGAACUGAGUGUCUGAGAAAAACUAAAUAGUCAUGUAAAAUGUGAAUGUCUUUAAAGCUUAUGGACAUACAGUGUAGAUCAUAUUUUUAUUAAAUACCAUGUUGUUCCUUCCAGUAUUAAAAAAAAUGUCAAUUCUGCAACAAAAAAUAUCUAAACCUAUAAUUAGAGAAAAUGUUGGAGUAUUGUCUUAUCUAAAGUACUCCAAAAACAUAUUUUUCUACAAACUUUCAUUGUACGUGCCUGAAAUGUAAAUUCCAAAGUUUCUGCUCAAGUCCUGGCCUAAAAAAAUCUUUAUUUGAAAUUUGAAUUAGACUCCAACCAUGUGACUAUAAAGCACUUUUAAAUCAGCAGUCUGUGGUACACAAUCAAGAUGGUCAGUGUUGUCACUUACUUGUAACCAGUGGCUCUCAAAUAACAAUAACAGGAUAAAAACCAAUGAACAAUGAGUUUUUCAUCAUUUGUCCCAUAGUUUGUCAAGGACCUGGUAUCGAAAAUGAAUCUUUGAUAAUGUCAAGAUAUUCUUUUUAAAGCAAGUUUGAUUUUGUGUCGGGUAUUUAUUCAUGAUAUAUGUUGUUCCAUAACUAUCUUCUGCUGAUCCCUUAGACAAAUAUAUGAUAGCGUCUGUAGUUUUCUGUGGCAGUGCUGUCGCAUGGUUACUGACCAGGUCCCCUGCAAGAAUAAACUCAUCACAGUUGUACUGUACCUUUAUCAAAUGAUGAGUAUAGGCCUUACCUUCUAUGGCUUACAAAGAACUAAAGGGAGAGUUUGGACAUGAUGAAGAGAACUCCCUUUGUUUGUGUUUAAUGACGCAUGAAAAAUCGGCGCGUGUAAGUUGUGCUCUUUAUAUGGUAUUGAGAUACUGUGCAAGUGUAGAUUUAAUUAAAAAAAAGGGGUUGUGUUAGUGAGUUUGUGUAGUCUUAAAAUGAGGCUGCUGGGAUGCUGAGUAACCCAGCAGUUUUUGCUGAUU